UUUGCUAGCUGAAAGGUCGCUUCGAGUCAGUCGUCACCUCCCCGAGUCGUUGCAAAAGAGAUUUUAAGUCGCUUAUGUGAUCCCAGUAUGUUAUUUGGCUGAAGAUAUUGUUAUAAGUCGACAGAUGUUAGUAUCUUGUGUGAUCUGAAAUACUGUUGGCUGAAGGCAUUACCGUAACUCGACAGAUAUGACGUAUCUUUUGUGAUCUUAAUAUCACUGGCUGAAGACUGUAACUCGACAGAUCUUACCCGUCUUGUGUUAUCUUAAAUGUUAUUAGAUGAAAGCACUGUUGUAACUCGUUGAUCGAGGAAAGACAACUGUGAUUCGCUACCCAAUUCAAGAAAGGAAGUGUGUUUUUGUUGUAACUCGGUAACGAAGGGAAAAAACUAACUUUUUUAAGUGUUCCAGAAAGGAAUUGUGUGUGUGUUUUUUUUUUUACAUUUUUUUGUGAUGACCUUGAAAAUAAACAUUAGAAUCUAACUAAACCUCCAUAUUCUCAAUUUCACAAAACCACGUCUUUUUCAUUCUCCAGUGGAAAACAUUGUCAUGAAAACAUUUGCAGAAGAAAAAAUUACUUUAUUAAACUUCUAUUUAUAUUCACAAUAGAAAAACGAAAUAUCGAAUUACUUGAAAAAAUAUAUCCAAUUGAAGUUCUAUUUUAAAGGAAAAAUGUAAUAUCGAUCAUUCGAUUUUCAAAAUAACUCUCGGAAAUGAUAUUUCAUUUCGUUUUGACUUUUGAUAUACCCGGCUUAUUAAAAUGCCAUUAGUGUAAUGUCAGCGAGGUUAUAAUCCUAGCAGACAAAUCCUGGAGAUGUCAUGGAGAAGAGGCAUCAACUCCUUCAGCUCCUGUUGGCCUUCUCAAUCUUUAUCUCUCUGACCAAUGGUUCUUCUUCUACCUCAACUAUUCCUUCAACCUCUUCCUCCUCCUCAGCUGACUUAACCUCGUCCUCAAACGACGUCUACCCGAGGAACAAUUCGGAGGAGGAAGACGCCAGGACAUAUAGCCUGGUGGAAGAAUUCUUGACGGAAGAUGACCGUUCCUACGAUGUAAAGGUCCUGCCCAGCGGUCGUGAGGUCUCCACUUACGUCCUCCACACGGAGGUCAAAAGAUUGCUCUUCCCUCUGGUAGAGAAAGGCCCCUUGACAAUCACCGUGACGCCCUGUGCAUCUCCACUGUCAUGGUCGUUAUCUCUUCGGCUACGACCCUCUUCGAAGACCGACGGAGAUUACGACAGCCUCAAGAAGGCCUGGAUCACCCCCAGCGACCACCACCUGUCCAACGUCACCCAGGAUGACGAGUUCUACGACACUUACCUCUACGACUACAACAUGAUAACGAGGGACCCCAAGUGGUUCGACUUGAGCUCGGUGUUCGCGGAUUACAAGAACUCGGGGUUUUUGGGCAGGAGGAGGAGGAGGAGGAGGCCGAGAGAUUCACGGCUCCCUGAUCCUGGCCCUAGGUCAAGGGACCUCCUCAAUGAGAGAAAGCGACACUGGGCUGAAAAAAGAACUCAUUCUAAGGUAACUGUAGAGCGUACUGGCGGUGGUCCCUAUCCCCGAAAGAAUCCUGAAAACAGCAUGAGAGGAAAAGGGAUCCAUCAGAGGGACAGUUAUCUAAAGGAAAGAGUAUUCCAGAUAUUUUCAAGACUGGCGAGAGUCCUCGUGAAGAAAUUCAGGCAGUCCAUGCCACCUGGACUCUAUGUUCUCCAGGUGCGACCUGUGUGGGGGUCAAGCUAUAUCCACAUCAAAGCCCAAAAGGACUGGUCCCCCACACCUGUCACUGCACCUGUCAGUUCUACCAGCACCUCCUCCCCGGAAGGUAUAAUAUUGCGCUGGUCUCCUAGCGUUCCAGCCGCUGGAUACUGUCUAGUCAUCAGCGAAGGUCGAUCAUUUCCAUCACUAUGCGCCGCCAGAGCCUCCCGCGAGGAGAACCAACUUCACACAGUGCCGCCGAGGAAACCAGCCCUGAGACGCCAAAAUUUACACCAAAAGUCCUCGAGGUUAAGACACCCAUCAAAAACCCCGAUGCUAUUGAUGGGCUGCACUGAGAACAACUGGUACCGCCUUUCAAACGCACCUACCAGCACCCUCCAUGUGGCGGUUUGGAAAGCGAACAGCAUUGUGGGACCACCGAUGGGCAGGGGUAUCGUUAGGCCAAGUAGCAGGGCGAAGGUGCCGCGCCUGAGACCAGGUGAACUGAUGACCCUAGUCCCUUCGGCUGGUGGCACAGCCUCCGUCAAGUUCAAGGUUCGAAAGAGAGGGCGAAGACUGCACAUCAUGGGUGUCACUUGUAGCACGCAGCUCCAUCUGAACGUCAAGACUCGGCACGGAAUCAGCCUGGGGAGCGCCACAGGGGAUACGGGUUCCCUGCACCUCGUCUUGAGAAGCCUCCCGCAAACAACCAUAACACUCUAUCUCAAAAUAGAUCCUCCGGGGGCUGGAAAUAGUAUACUCAUCACGGCAGCCCAUACGACGAGAACACUGGCGCUACCUCGCUUACCUCGUAGAGCCAUCGUGAGGAUCUCAAACGUCACAUGCACGUCAGCUCUCGUGAAGUGGUUCAAGGCGCCUGGAAAUGCCUCAUACUGCGUGCUCGUGGAGGGGCUGAGAAGCAGUGCAUUUUGGACAGAGAGGACACCGAGGCAGUGCGGUUGGGAACCCUUGAUCGAGAAGCCUUGGCUUUUCGUGGACAAAUGGUGUGGCCAGUCCAUGGCUUCCAAAAGACAAAGUUACAAGACAGAAGCUCUGUCGCCGGGCGCUUCCUACUCCGUUACGGUUUUAGUUCGGCAUGGAAUCACAGGGCGGACUUUAGCGAUGCCCCCGAGGAGAAUUCAAACAUCCGACUGCAAAUUGUUAUGAUUUCAUUUCAGUUAUCUCUGUGGUUUUCGAGUACAGAUAAUUCUCGUAUUUGCAGUCAGUCAUGGAUAUUGCUUUUGCCUUACAUAUUCGUUAAUCUUCGUUUUUGUCGUUAAUUAACUCUUCAUUACUUUACCAUCUCUCGUCAGCUUCUCAGACUUUUAAUCUUAAUUCUUGAACAUAAGUAAUGCAGCCUAUGGGAGUUAUCAAGAAAGUCCUCCGUAACACAUGACUAAAGUGAAACAAUCUCUUUGAAGUUAGACAUCAUUGCAAAUGACGAUGAAAAUGUUUUUCAAGGCAGAAUUGACAAAUUUUUAAAGCGAUGUGAUUAAAGAUAUAACUGUUCGUCAGUUCUUAAUACAUUUCUCGAAGGUUUUUAAGUAAUUGAAAUGAAAAAUGGGUGAUGUUUUGCAACGGGUGAAUACUUUGUUAACAUUUGCAUAACCUUCCAUCAUCUAGACACUCUGUCCUUAUCACAUUUCCCGACGAUAAUCACAUCAUGUAAUUCGUUUUAGCAUCUUUCUAGACGAUACUCACAUCAUGUAAUUCGUUUUAGCAUCUUUCUAGACGAUAAUCACAUCAUGUAAUUCGUUUUAGCAUCUUUCUAUUGCUCUCAGCUUCAUGAUGAUUUACCCUCUUUAAAUUCCAGCAAAGAUGCUAAACUAAGACAGGCAAAGCCAUCUUGUGCAUCGCUGAAUAUUAGAACAAAUAAUGCUUAAGCAAGUUUUAACGAUUUUGCUUGACUACCGUAGACACGCUUCCAGGGAAAGUGGUACGGUACUGUACAUGCAAGAAGGUCAUUAAAGAAUAUUUUCUUAC